AUGGCGGCUGCAAUAACAAAAAAAAUUGUAGAUGUAACAAGUGGGAGAAUAAAAUCAUUACUGAUACAAUCCAGCAUUCAAUAUUCAACAUCUGGUACAUCAAAAAGAACAAAAAUGGGAAAAUUGGAAGACAGUGAAAGAAUGAGUAUUUUGACUCCACUUUUGCAAACAGGCUGGACUCUUCAAGUUAAAAGAGAUGCUAUUUAUAAAGAAUUUUUAUUCAAAGAUUUCAAUGAGGCAUUUGGCUUCAUGACAAGAGUAGCAUUAAAAGCUGAAAAGAUGGAUCAUCAUCCGGAAUGGUUUAAUGUUUACAACAAAGUCAAUGUUACUUUGUCAUCUCAUGAUGUCAAUGGAUUGUCACAACGUGAUAUUAAAAUGGCACAUUUUAUUGAUGAAGUUGCUAAUUUAAAAGUUGAUUCUGUCAAAGAAAAUUAACAACCAUUUCAAGAACAAUCGAGGACCAAUCAUCUACAUUACUCAUAUUAAUUAUUAUCUAAUAAUUUAAAAUAAAAAAAAAAAGAAAUUAAUUACAGCUUAAUAAUAAAUAUGUUUAUUGUUAUUUCAAAU